AUGUCGGACGUAGAAGAGAAUAACGCACCCGAAGUUUCCGAGGAGGUUGAGGUCUCGGCCGAUGCCCCCAAGGGUCAGAUGUCCGUUCUAGACGCCCUCAAGGGUGUCCUGAAACUGGCCCUCAUGCACGACGGUCUCGCCCGUGGUCUCCGUGAGACUUCCAAGGCUCUCGACCGCCGCCAGGCUCACAUGUGUGUCCUCAACGAGUCUUGCGAGGAGGACUCCUACAAGAAGCUCGUGGCCGCCCUCUGCAAGGAGCACAAGAUUCCCCUGAUCAAGGUCCAGGAUGGCAAGCAGCUCGGCGAGUGGGCCGGCCUUUGCGUCCUCGACCGUGAGGGCAACGCCCGCAAGGUCGUCAACUGCUCCUGCGUCGUUGUUAAGGACUGGGGUGAGGAGUCGCAGGAACGCUCCAUCCUUUUGAACUAUUUCCAGACUUCUCAAUAA